UUUAUGCAGCAAUGGAAAAGUUCCACGUAGAGGAGUAUGACCCUGAGCAGCUGCCUGUCUACCAGAAACAACUGAGACAGCGUGCCAACCUUAGUAUCCAGCACUUGAACAGUGUUCUGGAACCGCUGAACACUGAUGGAGAACUCCUGUUGCAAUUACUAACGACAGUGCAACAGGAGGGACGGUCCGAGGCCUUUCAGGAUUUAGUCCCAAUGAUUCACAAUCAAUCAGACUAUAUUCGGCGCCUAGAGGCUGAGGUCAGACUCUGCAAGGUCCAACAGGCGGAGGAGAUGGGAGACCACGCAAAUCUGGACAAAGCAAAGGUCCAACAGGCGGAGGAGAUGGGAGACCACGCAAAUCUGGACAAAGCAAAGGUCGAAAAAAGGGAGAGGGUUCCAGAUGAAGUUCAAGAGGUGUUAAGGAGUCUAGCUCAACAGAGGCUACAGCUGGAAGGAGAAGUGAACGUCCUGAAGCAGAGUCUGGCUCAGGCCAAAGAGGAAGGCACUCAGAAAGAGGAGCUGGCACAGACAUGUAUUGCGGAGGUAGAAGGCCAGCUGUGCAGAGCCCAAAAGAAGGCGCUGUUCCUGGCCCAACACCUGGAAACAGCAAAGUGCCACAUUGCUAAUCUUUUAACAGAAAAUGCUAAGCAUGUUGCAAAGCUAGAAGGGCAGCUGGGCAGAGCCCAAAGAGAGAAGAGGUCGCUGACCGAUCAACUUGAAUCUGCUCGUCGCCACAUUAUUGACCAGGACAAAGACAAUGUCAAGCAUGUUGCAGAGCUAGAAGAGCAGCUGGGCAGAGCCCAAAGAGAGAAGAGGUCGCUGACCGAUCAACUUGAAUCUGCUCGUCGCCACUUUAUUGACCAGGACAAAGUCAAGUUACAUUGUGUUUGUGUGUGCAAGAAAGUCAACAUUGUCCUCCACCAGCAUGUUGCAGAGCUAGAAGAGCAGCUGGGCAGAGCCCAAAGAGAGAAGAGGUCGCUGACCGAUCAACUUGAAUCUGCUCGUCGCCACAUUAUUGACCAGGACAAAGACAAUGUCAAGAUGUCUGCGGACCUGCGAUACCAGCAUAACCAGGCCAUGCGGAAGAAAGAGGAGGCAGAGAGAGAGCUCAGCAACCUCAAGAGCAGGAACAUCAGGCAGCUGGCGAACUCUGCAGAGGAAGUGGAAGGGCUGAGCUCAGAGCUGGCUGGUUGUCGGAUAAAUCUGGGGGUGGCCCAAAAGGAAGGGGGCCAAUGGCAGGACAAAGCCCUGAGCCUAUCAGAUCAGCUGGCAAAUGCCCAGCGCCAGCUGAACCUCACCAGGCAUGCAGUGAAGAGUGCUGAACGCUCUCACAAAGAGCUGAAGGAGUCCACAACCCUCUCGGCACAGGAAACGCACCGAAACAUGACAUUACUGGAGGCUCGACACAAGCAGAGAGUUGAGGAGCAGGACAGUCUGUUGAGAUCCCAGAAUGCCUUGAUCAAGAAGCUGGAGGACAAUAGCAGCAGACAGGUGUCACAAGUGGACGAGAUGGCAAAAAAACACAGGCGUAAAGAAAAUCAAACGGCCAUGGAGAGAAGCGACCUCCAGGCGCGCAUAACAAGUCUAGAAGCUCGCUGCCCCGACUUGGAGUAACAGCACGGUUCUGGUUCUGAAGGACAAGUCUCGCCAGCGGGGCGCUAGCUAACCAGGCAGCUUAAACAAUCAAAGAAGUCCACGUAGAGGAGCAGGACAGUCUGUUGAGUGCGCAGAAUGCCUUGAUCAAGAAGCUGGAGGACAAUAGCAGCAGACAGGUGUCACAACUGGACGAGAUGGCAAAAAAACACAGGAGCUCUUUAAAGACAACCCGGCCCUGAAAUCAAAUCACUUCUCUUCCCGGUUUCCUCCUCUUCAUCAUCACCGCUGUUCGGCUGCUCUGUUGGGAUCCAGAUGUUUUAAAUGUUAGACGGAUCAAACUGUUGUCAGACGUUGAGGUUCCAGUUUCCUGAUGUGGUGUUUCUCUCUCCAGCUUCUCUUCCUGGUUUCCUCCUCUCCUCCCCUGUUCGGCUGCGGAUCCAGUUGUUUUUAAUGUUAUAUUGAUGGAUCUGUUAUUUCUUGUUCUUGUUUUGUAUUUUAGUAAGAAAUUGUCAGUUCAUUUGACUGUUACUGUGUGUUUAGUUUUCCUCAGGACAAAUCUAAUAUUUACUUUUUCAUGCAAUGGUUUUCUAAGAAAGAUUUUCUUUUUUACAGUGUAAAAAAAACAUCUCCAUGUUGAUGGUAAUUUAUUGUGUUCACAUCCCAGCGUCCUCAGCAGCACUGUGUCCUCACAGCAGGAGGGACAAAGAAAGGCUGUUUGAUCAAUUGUUAUUUAUUGUUUCAAACUGUUAUUUUAUUGUUUGACGGAUCAAACUGUUGUUUUCACAAUAAAAUAACAGAAAGCCACUUCCGGCUAUAAACAAUAACACGCUGGGUUAGUUACACUGUUAUUUAUUGUGCUGACUGAGGCUGAUGUGCAGGGAGACGUUAACAUCCUGUAUGAGUUUUGUGUUACACUUCAUAUCAAUCAAUCAGUUUCAUUGUUUACAUUGUUGAGAAAUAAAUUGUCAGUUUAUUUACAUUUGGCAAA